GAUUGAAUCUCUUCUCCCUCAACCCUAAUCUAGGGUUACUCUCUCUCUCUCCCUCUCGCUCGCUCCGUCCUCUGUUCUUCGUUCUGCCGAUUUGCGCGAGCAUUAGCUUCCUUUAAGCUUGAGUGCGUUGGGGAGAACAAACAGUUGAGCGAAGAUGAGGAUUAUGAUCAAGGGAGGUGUGUGGAAGAACACCGAAGAUGAGAUCCUCAAAGCCGCCGUCAUGAAGUACGGUAAGAACCAAUGGGCUCGGAUCUCCUCUCUUCUCGUUCGUAAGUCCGCCAAACAGUGUAAAGCUCGUUGGUACGAGUGGCUCGAUCCUUCCAUCAAAAAGACUGAAUGGACCAGAGAAGAGGAUGAGAAGCUUCUACAUCUCGCGAAGCUUUUGCCUACUCAGUGGAGAACUAUUGCUCCCAUUGUGGGACGAACGCCAUCUCAGUGCCUUGAGAGGUAUGAGAAGCUUCUUGACGCGGCUUGCACCAAGGACGAGAAUUACGAAGCAGCGGACGAUCCGCGGAAGCUGCGUCCUGGCGAGAUUGAUCCUAAUCCGGAGUCAAAGCCUGCUCGUCCUGAUCCGGUGGACAUGGACGAAGACGAAAAGGAGAUGCUUUCCGAAGCGAGGGCGAGGCUGGCCAACACUAGGGGAAAGAAGGCUAAGAGAAAAGCUAGAGAGAAGCAGCUGGAGGAAGCGAGGAGGCUUGCUUCUCUGCAGAAGAGGAGAGAGUUGAAAGCAGCUGGGAUUGGGAACAGCCAUAGGAAAAGGAAGCGAAAGGGGAUUGAUUAUAAUGCAGAGAUUCCUUUUGAGAAGAGGGCGCCUGCGGGGUUUUAUGAUACUGCGGAUGAGGACCGUCCUGCUGACCAGGUGAAGUUUCCGACGACCAUUGAGGAUCUUGAAGGGAAAAGAAGGGCUGAUGUGGAAGCGCAGUUGCGGAAGCAAGAUGUUGCUAGGAACAAGAUUGCUGAGAGAAGGGAUGCUCCGGCGGCUAUAUUGCAAGCGAACAAGAUGAAUGAUCCUGAAGCUGUUAGGAAGAGGUCAAAGCUGAUGUUACCACCACCGCAGAUUUCAGACCACGAGCUAGAGGAGAUUGCAAAGAUGGGGUAUGCUAGUGACCUUCUUGCGGAGAAUGAGGAGCUGAUGGAAGGCAGUGCUGCUACUCGUGCGCUUUUGGCAAAUUACUCGCAGACACCAAGGCAAGGAAUGACACCAUUGAGGACGCCUCAAAGAACUCCUGCUGGUAAAGGUGAUGCUAUUAUGAUGGAAGCUGAGAACCUGGCUAGGUUGAGAGACUCUCAGACACCUUUGCUUGGAGGAGAUAAUCCUGAGUUGCACCCUUCUGACUUUACUGGGGUUACUCCGAGGAAGAAAGAGAUUCAAACGCCUAAUCCAAUGUUGACCCCAUCGAUGACGCCUGGUGGAGCUAGUCUUACUCCCAGAAUUGGCUUGACGCCAUCAAGAGAGGGUUCUUCUUUUGCUAUGACACCCAGAGGUACUCCCUUCAGGGAUGAACUUCACAUAAAUGAAGACAUGGACAUGCACGAAAAUGCAAAACUUGAGAGGCAGAGACGAGAGGAAGCUAGGAUGAGCUUACGCUCUGGUCUGACUGGGCUUCCUCAGCCAAGGAACGAAUACCAAAUAGUUGCACAACCUCCUCCUGAAGAAAGUGAAGAGCCAGAAGAGAAAAUUGAGGAAGACAUGUCAGACAGGAUUGCUAGGGAAAAGGCUGAGGAGGAAGCAAGACAGCAAGCGCUGCUUAGGAAAAGGUCCAAGGUGUUGCAGAGAGAUCUUCCUAGACCUCCAGCAGCUUCGUUGGAACUGAUUAGGAAUUCGCUGCUUUCAGCCAACCGAGACAAAAGUUCUGUUGUUCCUCCUAGUCCAGUUGAUGAUGCAGAUGAAAUGGUAAGAAAGGAGCUUCUACAGUUGCUGGAGCAUGAUAAUGCAAAGUAUCCUCUUGAUGAGAAAGCUGAGAAAAAGAAAGGAGGCAAGAACCGUGCUAACAGUUCUGGUUCUCAAGUUACUGCAAUUGAAGACUUUGAGGAAAAUGAACUCCAAGAGGCUGACAAAAUGAUAAAGGAGGAGGCACAAUUUCUUUGCGCGGCAAUGGGAAACGAGAGCAAGACAUUUGACGAGUUCGUAGUAGCUCACGACGAUUGUGUGAAGGAUAUCAUGUACUUCCCCACUCGAAAUGCUUACGGGCCCUCAAGUGUUGCUGUGAAGGCAGAGAAAGUUGCAGCUUUGCAAGUGGAGAUGGAGAAUGCGAGGAAAAAGAUGGAGGAGGAUGAGAAGAAGGCAGAACACAUGAAAGCCAAGUAUAAAACUUAUACAAAGGGCCAUGAGAAAAGAGCAGAGACCGUGUGGAGCCAGAUAGAGGCGAGUUUGAAGCAGAUUGAGAUUGGUGGAACAGAAGUAGAAUGCUUUAAAGCAUUGAAGAGGCAAGAAGAGAUGGCUGCAUCUUUCAGAAAGAAGAAUUUGGAGGAAGAAGUGGUAAAGCAAAAGGAGACGGAGCGGAGACUGCAAGCACGUUAUGGGGAGCUGUUGUCAACGCUUGAAAAAGCAGAGGAGUUGAUGGUCGGGUUCCGAGCACAAGCAUUGAAACAGACGGAUGUCGUCGAGGAUUCUCUUAAUCAGAAAGAAGCUAAACUAGCCACUGGAGAGGAAGAGGACGUAGCCAUAUCCAUGGAAGCUUCUGCGUAAACGUCAAAUCUUUACGUACUUGAGUUUUGUAUUGGUUCUAUGUUUUAAGGAGAGACGCAGCUUGACUUUGUAUGAGUAUAAUGACUUUGUAAAGGUUGUGAUUCUCUUUUGUAUACUUUGCAAUGGUCAAGAAAUUUGAAUACGUCAGAUCUC